GCAGCAGACUGAAAUGGCACAUAUUCCCUCUGAAGUGUGUGACAUGCAGAUGAAUGGAGUCUCAGAGGGGAUGGAUCUGCUUCACAUAGAUGUGGAGACUGAUGAGGUGGAAGAAAAGCCUGGGAGAGGAGACGUGCUGUGUUCUAGGAAUGUGUUGAGGAAACAGCGAAACUGGGAGAGGCAGCUCGCUGCAAAGAAGAGCAAAAGGAAAGAAGAGAAGCAGAGGAGGAAACUGAACCGUGAGCAGGAGUCAGGUGCCAAUGCUGACUGUCCUCAGUUUACCAAACGGGUCAUGAAGGCGAUCACAAAAGAGCGUUUAGCUGAGGCCCAGACAACAGGGUCCAAACUCUGUGUUGAUCUCAGUAUGACUGACUGCAUGUCUGACAAGGAGAUAAGCCGGCUGGCUGGUCAGUUAAGAAGGCUGUACGGGUCGAACAAGAAGGCAGCUCGACCGUUCCACCUGUUCCUGACAGACCUGAGAGAGGACAGCCGUCUCUACAGAGAGUGCAUACGGAUGAACGACGGCUUCCUCAACUACAUGAUGGACAUAACAGAAGAAAGCUGUCUGGACCUCUUUCCUACAGAAACUGUCAUCUACCUCUCUCCAGAUGCCGAAGAAGCUUUGGAAACAGUGGAUGCUGACAAGGUGUACGUCCUCGGUGGCCUCGUGGAUGAAAGCAUCCAGAAGAAGUUGAGCUUCUCGCGGGCCGGAGAACUGAGCGUCCGCACGGCGAGGCUGCCCAUAGACGAGUUCAUGGUGAAGAAAAACAAUGCCAAGAAUUUCCACUCAAAGAUCCUGGCAGUUAAUCAAGUGUUCGACAUCUUGUUGACUUUCUGUGACACGGGCAGCUGGUCAGACGCCCUGCAGGCAUGGUUUCCCCCGGGGAAGGGUUAUGUUGUUGCACCAGAUGAUUCCUCGCCACUUCCUGCAACACAGACUUUGGAUUAAUGGCGUCGUUUUCAUUUCAGAAGCUGAUGUGGACGGACACUAAGAGAGAAAGACUAUAUGUGUUAAUUACCUGAGGGGAGCUGACAUAAUGGUGCCUGUUUAGGAAAGACAGCAAACUGUUGUUCAACAUAUCUGGUGAUUUUUACACUGAAACCAAAUAAUGUCAUAUCUUGGGAGAUGAUUAUCAGUUCUCAUCUGACUUCAGGGUUAAAACCGAGUGUCACAACUGUAAGGGUUGUCAGGGUUUGAGGGGUAAAGCUGGACCCAAAUGCAGCCAACACAUGGGAGUCGGUGCAGACAGGUUUAUUAAACUAACACAAGCACAGGGAACCACAGGGGAUGACAACAGGUGACAUGAACAGAACGAAGACAAACCAGACUUGAACAGCUUGAGGAAAAUCCAGAAAUCAACAGGCAUGAACAGGCUAAGGAUAAACCCCGAGACAACAAAGACAACAGAGGGACAACAGAGACAAACCGACCCAGACAAA